AUGGCAACGUCAAAAGGUAAUAAUACAUCAUUAUCAUUUCAACCAGAUGAUUUUAUUCGUGAAGAAGUGAAUAAAUAUAUGAAAAAAAUCAAUUUUGCUCUUACAUUUCCUCAAACAUUUAUUGUUAUCAGUGGUGUACUUGGAAAUAUUCUUGCAUUAAUUGUUAUUAAUAGAAAAUCAUUAAAAAAUACUUCAGCAGCUGUAUUUAUAACUUAUAUGGCAAUAUUUGAUAGUGCAGUUCUUUUGUUGCAUGGUGCAAAUUUAGUACGACCACGUCGAAAUCUUUUUAUACAUUGUUCAUUAACAUAUCUUACGGAUUUAUUUACUUUUUGUGCUAAUUGGGUUUUAAUUAUCAUAACAUUAGAACGUUGUAUUGCUGUUACAUCUCCAUUGCUGGCCAAACGUUUUUGUACUAUUAAUUCAGCACGUUAUUCCCUAUAUAUUCUGUUAACAGUAACAAUUAUGUUUUUUUCUACAACAUUUCCAAUAAUAUAUCAAGUAGAUGCAUCUCCAAAACGAAAAAAAUGUGUUGUACGUCCUGAAUAUGGAUUAAUUCUUCGUGUUUAUCAACCAAUUGUAAUGUAUUGUUUACCAGAUAUAUUGCUAUUAUCAAAUUUUUUUACUAUUUAUACAUUAUUCCGACGACGUAAACAACAAAAAUUAAAUCAUGAAAAUUUAAAUAUGCGUGUGACAGAUAUUCAUUCAAAUCGUAAACAACAUCAAUUAACUAUAAUGCUUGUAACAGUAAAUCUGGCUUUUUAUUUAUUUUCAACACCAGCUACAAUUAUUUUUAUUGCUGAAUCUUCUCCACCAAAACAUCGUGAAAUCAAUAGACUUAAACGUUCUUUUCUUUUCUCACAAAUAUCUGUUCUAUUUUUACAAUUACAUAAUGCUACAAAUUUUAUAUUCUAUUGUUUGGCUGGUCAACGAUUUCGUCAAGCUACAGUAGAAGCAUUUUAUGAUUAUUCAAAUCAAUUGAGACUUUUCUAUCAUCGAUAUAUUCUAUGCGAUAAGCAAUAUAGACUUUCAAUGAAUUAUCAACCUACAAAUAUGUACAGUACAAUAGGAACGAAUCGUGUUUCAUAUCCAAUGGUAAAUCUACGAGCUUCAAAUAGAACAUUCACCAUUUAG